GCGUCUCUGCGAGUGUGUGCAGCAGAAGAAGCAGAGGAACAUGAACAUGCUUCUUCUGCCCGCUACUCCACUCACUCGUGUCCCAUCUAUGCACGUUUCAUCUCCGAUUCUCCUCCGUCACUUCCAUCUCUUUCCACCACUUAACACCACCCUCAACUCCAACUCCGCCACUCCUGCAACCGCCGGCAACAUUCAUACCUUAACCUCCUCGUCUUCGCCCACUGACGACCUCACUUCCCUCCAAAAUCGACGGUACGAUUUCAGUCCUCUUCUUCGCUUCCUCUCUUCCAAGUCCCCCACUGAGAACAACGAAUCUAUCUCUGAUACCGACUCACCCACUUCCCUCGAUCCCACAGAGCUCCGACUCGCCGAGUCAUAUCGAGCGGUCCCUGCUCCACUCUGGCGCUCCCUCCUCAAAUCCUUAUGUUCUUCGUCUUCUACUCUCGACACAGCUUAUGCCCUCGUUUCCUGGCUUCGAAAGCACAACCUCUGUUUCUCUUACGAGUUACUCUACUCCAUUCUCAUCCAUGCCCUCGGCCGCUCCGAUAAGCUAUACGAAGCGUUCCUGCUCUCUCAACAGCAAACACUGACCCCUUUAACCUACAACGCCCUAAUUGGUGCCUGUGCCCGCAACAAUGAUCUCGAUAAGGCCCUCCAUUUGAUGUCUCGGAUGCGCCGCGAUGGUUACCAGACAGAUUUUGUCAAUUACAGCCUUAUCAUCCAAUCGCUCACCCGUACCAAUAAGAUGGAAUCGCCGGUGCUGCAGAAAUUGUACCAGGAGAUGGAGUCCGAUAAGAUCGAGCUCGACAGCCAGCUCCUGAAUGACCUCAUCAUGGCAUUUGCCAAGUCUGGGGAUCCUGACCGUGCAAUGUUCUUCUUGGCCAUGGUUCAAGGCCAAGGUUUGAGUCCCAAGACUGCUACUCUUGUUGCGCUAAUCUCUGCUCUGGGGAAUCUGGGUCGUACUGUGGAGGCCGAAGUGAUUUUCGAAGAGAUGAAAGAAGGGGGCUUGAAGCCCAGAACUCGAGCUUACAAUGCGCUUCUUAAAGGAUAUGUGAAGGCAGGUUCCUUGAGAGACGCUGAAUCCAUCGUGUCGGAGAUGGAGACUAGUGAGGUAUCGCCCGACGAACACACGUACAGCCUUCUUAUAGAUGCUUACGCAAAUGCUGGUCGAUGGGAGAGCGCGAGAAUUGUCCUGAAAGAAAUGGAGGCCAGUAAUGUGCAGCCUAAUUCUUAUGUGUUCAGUAGGAUAUUGGCGAGUUAUCGAGACAGGGGGGAGUGGCAGAAAUCGUUUUCGGUUCUUAAGGAGAUGAGGAAUUCUGGCGUCCGCCCAGAUAGACAUUUCUACAAUGUCAUGAUCGAUACCUUUGGAAAGUAUAAUUGUCUUGAGCAUGCCAUGGCUGCAUUCGAACGGAUGAAAGAAGACGGGAUUCAGCCUGACACAGUUACUUGGAACACGCUGAUCGAUUGCCACCGCAAGUCAGGUCGCCAUGACAGAGCUGAUGAGCUCUUUGCAGCCAUGGAGGAGAGCGGAUGCUCGCCUUGCACCACAACAUACAAUAUCAUGAUCAACUCUCUUGGGGAGCAGGAGAAGUGGGAGGAGUUGAAGAAUUUGCUGGGAAAGAUGCAAAGCCAAGGUUUAUUACCUAAUGUUGUCACAUAUACCACGCUUGUCGACAUUUAUGGGCAAUCUGGGAGGUUUACAGAUGCGGUUGAGUGCUUGGAGGUCUUGAAGUCUACAGGGUUGAAACCAUCCUCAACAAUGUACAACGCUUUGGUCAAUGCAUAUGCGCAAAGGGGUUUGUCUGAGCAAGCAGUAAAUACAUUUAGGGUAAUGAGAGCAGAUGGCCUAAAGCCUAGUGUUUUAGUCCUCAAUUCAUUAAUUAAUGCAUUUGGUGAAGACAGAAGGGAUGCUGAAGCUUUUUCCGUAUUGCAGUACAUGAAGGAAAAUCACUUGAAGCCAGAUGUAGUCACAUAUACCACCCUUAUGAAAGCUCUAAUCCGGGUUGAGAAGUUUGAAAAGGUUCCAGCUGUUUAUGAAGAAAUGAUUUUUUCUGGGUGUACUCCAGAUAGGAAAGCUAGAGCUAUGUUGCGGUCAGCUCUGAGAUACAUGAAGCAGGCACUGAAGUCAUAAUUGAAGACAUGAUGCAAUUUUGCUCAAGAAAAUUGCUUGAUUCAGCUACUGUAUUCGGUUUCAUAUUAUUUGAGGUUGGUAUCCAUGCAAAUUCAUUGUGCAUCCCAUAAUUUGUUCCCUGUCAUGGUUGUGCCUGUGCUUCACAAAUUCUUAUAAUACUAAUCAAUUUUUUUUUCCUGGGACGAAUUCUUUUCUUAUCUCCUGCAGGAAUAGUAACUGAGACCCCAAAAAAAAUCACCUCUAAGGAUGACUUACUGUGACUUUGGUUUCCAGAAAAGAAAUAUGUGGGAUACUCCAUAAACUCAACCACAAACGAGAAUUUAGAUGACCCACUUUUUCUAAUUGUGUUGUACUUUUUCCACAUUUACCAGUAUAUAUACAAGGAAAUAUUUGUGCAUGUACAGAUGUAUAUUCUUUUUUAUGUGGAUGAUCUACUCAUUCAGUCAUCUUAUUCUUGUGACAUGUAAUUAAGUAUACAUUUAAUGUGAUUUCAUCUAGUUUUGUAGAAUAGAAGAUAUUUAGAAAAAUGGUCACUUUUUCCAGUU